UAUUGUGCUGUCGAAAUCGUAGUCGCUGAACGAUAUCGACAUAAGAAACGAAUACGAAAUUAGUGCAAAACUGUACCGUACGCAUGCGAACUGGUAAAAUAUCAGUCUGCAAAUUUGCAACGAUUGACAAUUCAUAUAACUAACGUCCAAAAUGCUCGACGGUGUAAAGCACAUUUAUUUGGUACUCUCCGGCAAGGGUGGCGUGGGCAAAUCCACUGUCAGUUCUCAACUGGCCCUCGCACUCAAAGAAGCCGGUUUUAGGGUUGGUUUAUUAGAUAUUGAUUUAUGUGGCCCAAGUAUUCCAUACUUGCUAAACUUGGAAGAUAAAGAUGUUCAUCAAUCAGAUGAAGGAUGGGUUCCAGUUUAUACAGACAAUGAUCAAAAACUAGCUGUCAUGUCAAUAGGAUUUUUAUUAAAGAACAGAAAUGAUAGCGUAGUUUGGAGAGGUCCUAAGAAAACAAGUAUGAUUAGACAGUUUUUAACUGAUGUGGCAUGGCAAGACAUCGAUUAUCUAAUUAUUGAUACACCUCCUGGAACCUCAGACGAACACAUAACAGUAAUGGAGAAUUUGCAAACUGUGAAAUGUGAUGGAGCCAUAAUUGUUACAACACCCCAAGCUGUUGCCAUUGAUGAUGUUAUCAAAGAAAUUACAUUUUGUAAAAAAACUGGUAUCCCAAUAGUUGGUAUUGUUGAAAAUAUGAGUGGUUUUGUUUGUCCAACAUGUUAUGAAUGUACAAAUAUAUUCUCUUCGGAUGGUGGAAUCUCCUUGUCGGAAAUCACUAAAGUACCUUUCCUAACAAAAAUUCCAAUUGAUCCAACUAUUGGAAAAUUUGCAGAUAAAAGCCAAAGUAUUAUGAAAAAUUUUCCAGACAGUCCAGGAGCAAAAGCUUUUAUGCAACUAUUAGAACAAAUUACUAAGAGUAAAGAGGCUUAGCAAUGAGUAAUUUU